AUAGCAUUGUAUCACGCGAAUAGUCGUAAAUAACACUCAUCAACACAUCGCCGUCGUGUUGUCGGCGACGUGCAAUCAAAAGGCCGGAAUCUAGCCGAGCGCCUUGGCAAGGACCAGCGGGAAGGUUAGGAGCAAGCUGGAUUGAGAACGACGACACAGACUUUUGGUUGCCAGCGCCAGCAACAUCACCACCACCACCGCCGUCAACACACUCAAUCCCCUCUCCACUCCUCGCCGAUACAAUGUCUUCCGCCGUCCUCGCUCGUGUAGCGCGGGCAUCGCGCUUCAGUGCGCAGUCCUGCCGCGUCCGCCCAAUGCGCAGCUUCCAGGUCUCACAGUUCCGCCCUACCACCUCUGCCUUUUCCACCGCGACCACAAAAUUCGCCGAUCACGACGCGCAUGACCCACACCACGAGGAGAGCUUCGAGGAGUUCACCGCCAGGUACGAGAAGGAGUUCGAGCAAGUCCAGGAUGUUUUCGAGCUGCAGCGCAACCUCAACAAUGCUUUCGCCUACGAUUUGGUCCCAUCGCCUUCCGUCAUCACCGCUGCAUUGAGGGCUGCGCGGAGGGUUGAUGACUACCCAACUGCCGUGAGAAUAUUUGAGGGAAUCAAGGCCAAGGUUGAGAACAAGGGACAGUAUGAUGAGUACAUUCAGGAGCUCAGUGGUAUCCGGGAAGAGCUUGGAAUCAACCUUAAGGAGACCAUGUACCCAGAGAGCUCGUGAAGAACACGAUAAGAUGAGAACUGGAUAGAGUGGUGAGGAUCACAGGAUGGGGUGUGAUGUGUGGAGAAAGCAAUACAGAAGGGUGUUGGAGAGACGGAGGCGUGGUUCAGCGCGCUCUGGUAUGCUACAAUAGCCUCGCUCAGCAGAUUUGUACAGGUUUUGCUCUACUCGGGUCUCGUUCACACGCGCAGGGGAGUGGUAAGCGGGUGGUACGAGGAUUGUGAGAGAGUAUGGCGUUUUCACUAAUGAUUGAGUACUGAUCCAUUCUGCGACUUACAUUUUUAGCUGAAGGUCUCCGGACACGACCAACGCAGAGCGACCCUCGGAAGCACUUGGAAACCCCGUACACCUGAGAUGCGGACCAC